CGGCCCAGACCCUCGCAGCUGCGCCGGAGGGGGGGGGCCAGCCUGGACACGGAUCUGUCCGCGUGGCCUGCUCGUGCCCGGGCAGAGGUCCCAUGCUGCGCUGACGCCUGCGCGGUGGGCCGGGAGGGUCUGCAGGCGCGGGGCGCCGUGGCCGCAGCUCAGGCCCGGUGCCCGCAGGUGUGGCGCGUGGCCCUGCAGGGCCCCUGCUACGUGACGCUGCUCAUGACGGCCUCCGGCCUGCUGUGGGGGCGCCUGCUGGAGCUGCGGCCGGCCCAGACCGUCUUCCUCUCCACCUGCCUGUCCCUGUCCAGCACGCCCUUGGUGUCCAGGUUCCUGGCGGGCAGUGGCCGGGCUGACAAGGAAGGCGACCUGGACUACGGCGCAGUGCUGCUGGGCAUGCUGGUGACGCAGGACGUGCAGCUGGGCCUGCUCAUGGCCGCCGUGCCCACACUCGCCCAGGCCGGAGCGGGUGCCCACCCUAGGCGGCAGGCACAGUGGACGGCCCCGGAGGCCCCGCCCCCGCCGCCCGGGUCCUGGACGGGCCUCAGCCGCCCCCUUCGGGCCCCUCCAGGGCUGCCGCAGGGGCCAGCUCGGCUGUCCCUGCAGGUGUACCUCCUGGUGCUGAGCGUGACGACGCUCAGCCUGCUGCUGGCGCCAGUGCUGUGGCGAGUCGCCGUCGGGCGCUGCCUGCCCCGCCAGGAGCGGCGGUCCAGCCUCUGA